CUCUUAAUGCGGAGCUGUACUCUUGCAAAUUUUUCUGGACUGUUGGACUGGUGUCAUCAAACAAACUCAAAAUGCCGUCAAUUUAUUUGUUUUACCUUGGAUUGGUUUUGACCUCCGUUGUUGCAAACGAUGUGAUGAACACAACCCAGGAUUCCAGUAGUCUACAAACGAUUAUCACCACAGAAGCCACUGACCCAGUGGUCACCAGUAGCGCCACAUCCACGACCGCCAUCAUCACCACAAAGACCUCAAAUACCCUGGAGACCAGCAGAAGCAUGAACGCAUCUGAUAGUAACACCAACACCACAUCUACUCCAGGAGACAGGAACAAGACUCAGACCAGUGAUGGAGGUGUUGCCAGGACUACCAUCCCCAUGGAGAAGCCUUCAUCUGCGCCAACUGCCAUAAAUAAAAACCUUUCAUCUACAACAAAACAUAAUCCAGCAACCACAAAAAUGGCCAACAAAUCUACAAUGUCAAGCGAGAGCACUGGAAUCAUCAUCGUGGUCGUAAUCGCCCUUGUAAUCGUUGUGUUUGGUGUCGUUUGCUUUGUGUCACGGAGAAGAGGAAGGCGCUACUCGGUUGAUUUUGCCGCGAGCCCCGAUGAAAACGUCCCACUCGGCGCCAUACACCCGGAAGUCCGUGCUGAGUCUGCGCCUCAAAACGGUCUGAAAACCUUUGAUAGCACAGAAACGGCUGGUACUGAGCCAAAAGGACCAGAAGUAGCGCCUGAAACACAGGAAGAGAAAAAAGAAGAGGCUGCCAUAUCUGCUGCUGCACCCAGCGCUGAGGCUGCUGCUCCACCCGAAGCUGCAGCUGCAUCGGCAUCAGAAGCUGCACCUGCAGCUACACCGGAAGCUCCAGCUGCGGCUCCUUCUCCAGACAGCUCGGAGGAAAAACCAAAAGCGGAUGACGCCAAGCAGAGUUCCUCAGCACCCGUGGACCCUCUUGCUGAAGAGAAAACCGAUGAUGAAGGUGCCGUCUCCAACAAGACUUCUGUGGAGUCACUGAAGGAGACGAAUGAGAACAACAGCAACAACUCUGGCUCCAGCCAGAGGAGAGCCUGGCAGAGGAGCAACACAAUCUGGGAAGUCGGUGUGGACUGUCCGGUGUGAGGUACGGCGUCCACCUUGGAUUCCUGCUGUCCCUCAGAGGAGAGGAUGCAGAAGCCAGAUUGACUGCAGAGGAUUAACUCACUUCAGCUCAUCCUCUGGGUUUGAAGCUUGAUCUCUUGUUGCAAAGUGUAUUUUUGUGUAAAAGUGUGAAAUAUUGUACAUCAUUUGUACAUGGCUUCUGCUCCAACUCAGUGUCUGAUGUACAAAGUAAACUGUAUGUGAUGACCUUGUAAUAAAUAAUGUUUUUCCCCUAAAAGCACAAAGAAUGCAUGAUCUGCAAAACCAUUAGAUCUUACCAGGUACUUUUGUCUUGUUUCUACUGCAGAUUUCUUAGUACACUUGAAAUAAGACAAAACCAAUUUACAUUUACUUUUUAGCAACAUGUAAGUGUUGCUUU